AUGAAGGUCCCUUACUUCCUUACAUUCUUUGCGGCGACUGUGUCCUCCCAGAAUGUCGUCCUCGGGUUGCCCGCAGGACAGAAUUUAGCUCCUGGAAGUUCCACUGUGGUGCAGAUUCAAAAGCCUAUGACCCUCACAGGGUCUCAGGAAGUGACUGUUGUGAUCGGUCUAUCUUCUUGCGUGGAGUACAAGUGUUAUCCCGCGGCAGAUACCAUGGGCACUAUUCUAUAUAUCGGUCCCUACGAUCCAGAGCAACAUGAAUACAGCCAGCCGCCCUAUCAAAACAUCACCGUGACCAUUCCUCAGGCUAUCCCAAAAGGGAACGCGCAACUCAACCUCGCUCAUUUUUCCUUGGUUGCUACGUCCGCUUGGCCAUACUUGGAGACGUUGAACCAGACGGUCCUUAUUGUUUAG